CUGGUUUGAUAGAGUACAGGUGCCACCCAUUUUGGUCCCAGAAAUAUUGCCCUUUACAUGAGUAUGAUAACACGGCCCGAUGCUGCAGUUGUGAGCGUUUGGAGUCUUGGAAUGUAAGAUACGUAUCUCUAGGAGAUGGACGGAGUCUAUGUUUAGAGUGUAUGGAAUCUUCUAUCAUAGAUACUGGUGAUUGCCAACCACUCUACCAUGCCAUUAGAGACUACUAUGAAGGAAUGAACAUGAAACUAGACCAGCAAAUUCCGAUGCUUCUGGUCGAAAGACAAGCCCUUAAUGAAGCUAUUGUAGGCGAGAAAAAUGGUUUCCAUCACAUGCCUGAAACAAGGGGUUUAUGUUUGUCAGAAGAGCAGACAGUUACCAGUAUACUUAAAAGGCCAAGAGUAGGGAACCACCGACUUGUAGGAAUGAGAACACAACAUCAAAAGCUGACUCGAAAAUGUGAAGUCACAGCCAUUCUUGUUCUCUAUGGUCUCCCAAGAUUACUGACAGGUGCGAUUCUUGCUCAUGAGUUAAUGCGUGGGUGGUUACGCCUUAAAGGCUACCGUAAUCUGAAUCCGGAGGUAGAGGAGGGUAUAUGUCAAGUGCUUUCUUACAUGUGGCUCGAGUCAGAGGUAAUGCCAGGAUUCAGAAAUAUGCCAUCCACAUCAACAGCUUCAUCAUCAUCGUCAAUGUCAUCAUCGAAGAAAGGUGGAAAGUCUGGUGUCGAGAAUAAAUUGGGUGAGUUUUUCAUGCAUCAGAUUGCCCAUGAUGCUUCUCCGGCCUAUGGUGGAGGAUUUAGGGCUGCAAAUGCAGCUGUGAAUCAGUAUGGUUUACGCAGUGUUCUGGACCACAUUCACCUGACUGGGAGUUUUCCCCUGUAAUUUGAUUUACAAUAGGGAUCCGGGGGCUUGAACCUGAUUGCUGACUUUGAUUGCCCUAAGAAUCUGGUGCUUUUCUAUUGGCCUUUUUGGCACAAGUGGAAAGGAGUUUGCGGAUUGUACGAUAGGUAUAAUCUUUUUUCAAUCAUGGAAUGCAUUAGAUGUGAACCAUGCCAAUAGGCAACAAAAACAAAAAACAAAAAAAAAAAAAAA